CUCCUUCCCGCGGAACUAUAUGCGGCAGCGGAGGAAGGUUUAGCAUGGUGCACCAGCCGGAGUGUCGAUGCAAGAUGGAGUCGCGGUGUAAAGUGGAGCAUGAGAUGAGUUUGGCGGCUCUGCGCCGCUCGGACCCGUACAUCAGCGGCAUUGUGGAUGUCACCGGACAGGUGGCCCUGUACAUCUUCAGUGCUAAGGCCAAUGAGUGGGAGAAGACCGACAUAGAAGGGACCUUAUUUGUUUAUACAAGAUCAGCAUCUCCGCACCAUGGCUUUACGAUAAUGAACCGCCUUAACAUGCACAAUUUGGUGGAGCCUGUCAACAAAGAUCUAGAAUUUCAGCUUCAUGAACCUUUCUUGCUGUACCGGAACUCCAGUUUGUCCAUUUACAGUAUCUGGUUUUAUGACAAGCAUGACUGCCAGAGGAUUGCAAAGCUGAUGGCCCAAGUGGUACAGCAGGAGACUGAAAUGGCAAAACAGCGAAAAAGUCCAAUUAAUGGUUGCAGAUCCCAAUCCAUUGAUAUCCUUGAGAUGUUGAGCAAGGCUAAAAAUGAAUACGAAAAGGGUCAAGGGAAUGACAUCGGUGCCAGCUUCAGCACAGUGAAGAACUCUCCACUAGUGAAGGCAGACAGCUUGGAAAUGGCUGAGCAUGGAUCCUCUGCUCCUCAGGAGAAAGUUUUCCAAACUAUACAUAAACACUUGACCGUGGAAGAACUUUUUGGAACUUCGAUGGCAAAAGAUCCACCAGUGCUUGCCCACUCUAACCUUGAAGUUGCAGAGCCCUUUCUAGCAGAUUUAGGGGAACACAAUACUAUCCUACAGCCAAAGACAAUCCAGCCAGUGGUGGUGAAAGCAGAACCAAGAAGUUUUAAUUGUAGUGCUAGUGAUUUUAGUCACCCAGAUUGCCUUCCACCAUCAUUCAUUUGUAAAGGACAAGUAUCUUCAGUGAACUCCCAAAAAGUUAGUACAUUUCCUGUAUGUAUUAGUCCCCAUCUUGGCUCAUCAUCGGAAGUCCUGAGCACCUCUGUUUCACAUGGACCCAGUAUUGCACAAGUUAACCGAAUGUCCCCCCUUAUGAGCCAAUUGGUAUCGGACGUUGUCAGCGCUCCUCAUGGUCAGCCCCUCAUUCCACCUUUAGUGCCGAUCCGUAGUAGCAGCUUCUCCAGUUCAUCUCACCCCAGCAUGGAUCUUCUACACAAGUUAAAGCUGACUCCACAGGCUGACUCUUUACAGUCUCAGCCCAACAACAAGACUACCAUAGCGCCCAAGUUCUCCAGUACUGCAAGUCAGCUGGCAACACCUGAGAGUUUCAAAGAAAGCUCCCUGAAAGCAUUGUCAUCUGGAUCUCUGUUAAUACCUUCUCUUCAGAAUGCUCAUGAAAAGAGGGAACCUGAAUCAUUUGCCCAGCCUUUGGGUGUAUCCAAGGUGGUAGCUGCUCCCCAGUAUGCUGCACAUACAGGUACUGAAGCCACAUCUGUCCUGUGGUCUCCCAGUGUAUUCCAGCAACCUCCUCCUAAGCACACUGGUCAGGCAGACCGGACCGGUACUCCACCCCUGAUGCAUCACAGUGUGGAUCGCACGAGACCUGGCCCUGCCCUUAGCCGUGCUCAGCUCCAGGAAACCCUUUUACACCUUCUGAAGAAUGACUCCAGCUUUCUCAAUACAGUUCACGAAGCUUAUUUACAAGUGCUUACCAAAAGUAUGGACAAUGUCAAGCUAUAAGUAAAAGAAGCCAAUGGUAACUCCAUUUUCACGACAACCCCACAACCAAAACAAUACAAAUCAUCUGGCGAAAGAAGGAUCGUUUGCUAUAUAUAUAUGUUUAAUAUGUCAAUUUGCAUGGACUUGCUUUCUACUGGCUUUAAUAUAAGCAGUUCCUGUAAUUUGCAGAUUUAUAGAUUAUAUAUACUUACACUACAUGGCCAGUUUAGAAAUACUGGAGCAAAAACAGUACAGCUGGUGCUACAUCUACCAUUCCUAUUCCAUGUUUAAUUUUUUUAAGAUCAGGUUAGAAAAUGAAUUCCAACAUCCGACUGGUUACAACAAGAAGCAAUUUUAUUUAGACAUCAGUUUUAUACAUUUAGUCCCAGAAUAAUAAUUUUUUUUUUUUUUUUUUACAUGAAAUUCACCAGAAAUGUCAGUUAUAUAGUGCCAGAUGACUUUAGUAGCACCGUUUUUUUUUUUUGUUUUUUUUAUAAACUCUUUAACAGACUUUUAGACAAAUCUACAAAUAGGACAGGAACAUUAUAUUAACAGGCAUGGUCCAGUAAGGAAUAUGAAAAAAGCAUUAAGGUUAAAUAACUGACAGACCUACUGGAGCAUAAAAAAAUAACAAAAAAUUUACCUUCCAUUAAAGUAAACCUGUGGCUGUAGCAAACUGUUAAAAUCUUACCCUUUAACUCCCUUGUAGCUCCCAAACCUUAGGCCUCGUACACACGGGCUAGAAUCUCGUCAGGAAGAAAAAGUUGUUUUUUCCUGACGAG